GACGUGUCGAUGUUCUUGUGCACCUCACCUCGUAGACUCUUUUUGCUGCCCAUUACGCCCAUUUCCGAUUGCCACGCGGCACAACUUCGGCUUUGAGGUUCUGGGUUUCGCAUGCGAGAAUCAGAUUGUGGCUAGGCUUUUGCGCCAAUCGAAGUCUACACCAGUACUCAAGGCCUGGGAAAAGUUUCUAUGGAGGAAGUUGGAAGUCCAGCAGCAAUUGAGAAACGCAGUUUAUGAAGCGUGAGAGCGGAUUUCUGGCUCUGAAGCUGCGGAACGACUAGGAAGGAGGUUGUGCGGCUUGGGGGAGUUGGCGACAUGUUUCUUAGCGGUGGCGGUGGUGGUGCUGCUGUGAUGGAGGCCGCCGGGGAAAAAUUGAGGAUGGGUGAAGGGAGUGGAGGUAGGUCAGGGAGUUUCGGGAAGAGGCGGUCGCCAAAGCUAGAGGACCUCGUGGACAGCUUGAGCCGCGCAUAUAAUGAGAAGGUUGGACAGGCGCUGGGCCAACAUGAGUACAACUUUGUGUUAAGCGACCCACGCCUGCCGGACCACCCGAUCGUGUUCGCCAGCGAGGGGUUUUUGCGGAUGUCGCGGUAUGAGCGGGACGAGGUUGUGGGUCGAAAUUGUAGGUUCCUUCAAGGGCCUGAUACCGACCGCAGGACAGUUGUGGAGAUUCGGGAUGCAAUUCGGGAGGAGAGGGCGUGUCAAGUGCUGAUUUUGAAUUAUACCAAGUAUAAGGAGCCGUUCUGGAACUUGUUUCACAUGGCGCCCAUCUUCUCAAGUGAUGGUCAGGUGAUUCAUUAUGUGGGCGUGCAGACGCCCAUUGCUGAUGACCUUGCGUCCCAAGCUUUACUGUCAGAGCUGCCCGCUAUGAAUGAUAGCUUUCUGUCCGCCAAAGAAUACACGGAUGUGGCUCGUUUGGAUUCGUGCGAGUCUACACAUGAUAAUUUGUCGAAGUCAAGCUCCAGGGGCAGAGAUGUGGAAGAUGAGGAUUCGCUAUUCCCUGUGAAUGAGGGUGUGAAUCAGAAAGCAACCCUGGCAGUUGAAAAAGUUACUAGCGAGCUUACGCAGUUAAGCAGAGUGAAAGGUGCACUCGAAAAAAAUAGACGCGUAGGGUUGUCUGAGAGCGCUGCAAAAGGCGUGGUGAGUUCAUCGUUAAUGCUUUCGCUGACACGCAUUCAGCAGAGUCUUAUCCUAUCUGAUCCAAAUCUACCAGAUACACCCAUCGUCCAUGCCAGUGAUGUCUUCUGCGAACUGACCGGUUACAGCCGUGAGGAAGUCGUCGGUCGAAAUUGCCGAUUUCUGCAGGGCCCUGACACGGAUCCGGAGGCUGUGCGCGAGAUACGUGAAGCUAUCAAGGCAGAGCGGCCUUACACUGUGCGAAUCUUAAACUACAAGAAAGACAAUACACCAUUCUGGAACCACCUACACGUCGCACCAGUGCGAAGUGCCACAGGUGGAGUGGCAUACUUCGUGGGGGUGCAGCUGAACGUCAGUGAAGCUGAUGUGCCUGUUGUGCAAGGUGCCAGUCUCAGAGCAGAUGCCAAGCAACUGAGUGCUGUGGGUGUGGUGCGAGUUGCAGUUCGUAGCUUGCAAGGAUCUGGACUACGACGCAGGCCCAAAGAGUGAAACCUGCUGAAACCUUUUCUCUCGUUCUCUCUUUUCGGCUCCACCAUCAAGCUUUAGGAUUGCUUGGGGCUGUGCAUCAAGCCACCACCAGCAACUGCGAUCCAUUAUCAACUGGUUGGGGUUGUAGAAGCUCCCAGAUUCACUGCAUCAUCAAGGCCUUUGUAUGCGGCAUGUAUACUUGCGUAUUUUUCUUCCUGUCUUAUAUAUUUUUUUUCCUUCAAUAAUACAGAAGCAUGCUUUUCCUGUUCGCCCUCA